AGUGAGACUUAAAGGUACGAGCGACAGUUUGGGAAAAUAUCCCCCGUCUUCCAGCAAGCUGCCUCGCAAAUAGAUUAUAAUAUAUGCUGAUAGGUUAAGAUGGAAACAAAGAGUACUGCCUUUUCUGCGGCUGUUCCUCUUCUUGAAUUGCUUGACAAACAUAAUUAUGCGAAAUGGGCGAUUCGGGUGCGAACCUACUUGGAGGGUCAAGAUCUCUGGGAGGACAUAAUUAACGAUAACGAAAACGCAACGCCUUUACAUGAAGAUGAUGAUGAUGAAGAUGCUAUUAAAGUUCGGAGAAGGAGGAACUUCAUGGCUUUACAUGUGAUCCAGACUUCAUGCGGUCCAGAUGCAUUUUCCGAGAUUAGCACAAUUCGUUCAGCCGACACUGCUUGGCAAACUUUGAAAACGAAGUAUCUGCUUGAUAAGGGCAACAUUAACAUUGACAAGAGCUAUCUUCAGUAUGCGGACUUGUACAUGGCUGUGCAUGAUGGUAAUUGGACUGCUGCAAAGGAGUUUCUUGAGUCUCAACCAGAGGCAGUAAGAAUGGCAAUCACAUAUGAAGGCGAAACGGCUCUUCACGUUGCUGUUACUUUUGGACAUGCUCGUAUAGUCGAGAAGUUGGUGGAUUCAGAGCUAAUGUCGGAAGAAGACUUGGGAAUUGAAGAUGGUGACGGGUACACAGCUCUAAUGAAGGCUCUUGUAUAUGGAAGAUCCGAACUGGCGCGCUAUUUGUAUACUCGCACUGUUCUGCUGAAGGAUCUGGUGCUUGCAGAACAAGGCCUCAAAGGAGCUAUGCUUCUUACCCGUGCAAUAUAUUCCAGAAAUUUGGAUCUUGCUUUGGAUUUAAUCCGGCAUUACCCACGUUUGACACUUGCUCUUGACGACCGCGGCGAGUCCCCCCUCUUAGCAUUGGCUUCUAUGCGCCACGCAUUUCGGAGUGGAAAGCGACUCGGGUGUUGGAAAAAAUGGAUCUAUUCCCGUAGACGCAUUGAUCAACCGGCUCCUUCAACCAGCUGCUUUGAAACUCGUUUGAACAUUUCCAACGUUCAAAAUGGCCGCCAACGCAAUCAAGUUCAAGCGAUCGAGUUAGUGCCAGCAGUACUGUUUCGCCAUCUAGUUUCAACGACUGUCCGCAAGUACUUGUUGGUGCCAGCAGUAGGGUUGCACGAUCUAGUUUCAUCAUUGUUGGGUAUAGUACUGUCUCCACUCCAUCAAAAUCAUAUCUUGAUAAUUUUUAUUUGAAAUUUUUGUACUCUUUUUUUUUUUGCUAUGGUUUAAUCCAGUUAAACUGCCAUUGUUUCAAUAAUUGUCAAAGGAAUCAAGCGAUUGUAUGAAAUGAAGAAGAUCAAUAUCCAAUCCGAGGCACUUCUUUCCUGCAUGUGUGAGGAGAUAUCAACAUCAUUAAUACAAGCUGGACAACCUGAAAACAUCAAUGGGGUUUAUGAUGCAAUGAGUCGUGCCGUCAAGAAUGGAAUUUCCGAGUUUGUUUUUAGGGUAGCAGGGAUGGAUCGGAGCUUUUUGGAAAAUAAAUAUAAAAAUUCGAGGAACCUACUUAUGCUUGCUGUUCUCUAUCGUCAAUCUAAGAUCUGUAGCCUUAUACGUGACCUUGAUACGAAUAACACUUUGACAUCUUAUGUAGAUCGCAACGAUAAUAACAUGUUACACAUGACAGGGAUGAUAGAAGAUUCUACUGUACUUAAUCAAAUCUCUGGUGCAGCGUUACAGAUGCAAAGAGAGUUACAAUGGUUUAAGGUCA